AGGAUUGUGAUGGUCUUGAUGAAGUGAGACAUUGGUGUCAAAGGAGCAGCCACAACUAAAGUUGGAAACUAUCAUUUGAAGAAAUCCCUUCAUAUCGUAUCACUUCAACGGCAUUCGACUGCCUAAUGGAUGGCAUAGACACGUUGCAAAGCUCUGCCCCAGAGACCAAGGCUGAGCGAAUUGCUCGCUACAAGGCAGAGAGAAGAAGGGAGCUGGCAGAGCGCUAUGGCAACGCAGAAGAAUUCACCUCCAAAUAUGUCAGAAAAGACAGGAAAACUGCUGAGCCAUCUGAAACAUCUUCAGCCACCAAGGAGAGAGAUAAAUUAGAGGAUAAUGGAUCAGAAGAGACAUGUACAAGGAGGGGCGUAAGGAGCAAAGUGGCAGACACCACAGAGAAUGUUGGUGAUGAGCCUGGCUGCGACAAAGAGGCACCCUACCUCUUCAAAGCAAGCACUAUUUCAUCAUCUAAGUCUGAGGCUGUCUCCGCCAUGAAGAUGUCCUCUAAUUUCAAGCCGCUGGAAACUGAUGACACAAAGGAGCCCAAAGCUGAUGAGCAGCCUGUUCAUACUGCAAAGACAUUUGUAACUUCCAAGAUAUCCCUUGUAAAGGACGUUGAAGGGAUGGAUGAUGGAGGCAGCGACCGUGGUAACAGAGUAAAGCGUCAGCUGUCCAGAAGUGAUCAGGAGGAAUCUUAUUCCAGUGCUGAUGUUGCAAAUAUAAUGCAGAAGUCCACUGAAAAUUCUUCCUGGAAGGAGGAGAGUGGAUUUUCCAACACUACAAUGGAAAAAAAGCCAUCCAGUAUCCUCUCAGACAGAGCUCCUCCACUCACCAAGAACAGAGAUUUCUCCCCCCCUCCAAGUCCCUCGUGCCACUCCCCAUCCGCACUACUGCACCAAGCUUCAGGACCACACGGCAUCAAGGGAAUCCUCAAGAAAAGUCGCUCCACCAGCGUGGAGUCGGACCAAAGCGAGGGCUCGACGCCUGAACAGGUGGCGAGCCGAAAGAGCAGUGUCACCCUCAGCCACCCUGAAAGUGGAGAGGAGGUGGAGGAGGAGGAAGAAGAGGAAGAGGAGAUGGAGGAAGAGGUAAACGAAGAAAGUGACAAAGAGGAUGAGCCAUCAGUUGAUGAUAUGACGGAUGGUUUGAGCUUCAGCACGGACAGAGAGCGGAGGGACGGAAACAGCAGCAGCAGCAGCAGAGGGAGCUCCGAGGAGAUGCGGAGUCCCUCACCCGAUGAGAGCCUGGACAAGACCUCCUCAGUGUCAGAGGAUGUGGAUGAGCUGGAGAGCAGUUUGGAUUCAAGUCUGAGCUCAUCGUUUAAGCAGAGACUAACAGAGUUUACAAGUGGGGAAAGUGACAAGAGGGACAGAUCAAAGAUGCCAAAACCAUCAGAGAUGAUCCAGACGUCGCUGGCUGAUCGCUUCAAUCAACUCCAAGAUGCUGAACAUUCCUGGAGGAAAAAGAAGUCCAACUUGGAUAUGGAACCCAAGAUGUCGCUUGCAGACAGGAUGAAGAUCCUCAAGGAGAAGGAGGAGCAGUGGAAAAACAGAGGCAAAGGAGCCGCCAAUGACUCGAUCCAGUUCACUGUGGCUGGACGAAUGGCCAAGAAAGGUCUUGUGUCAGAUACGGGAAAGGAAGAGUCACCCAUUGUGUCCCUCAAAAAGUCGCAUGCCACUCCCGUGAAACCGCAUGAAGAGAUCUCCAGCAGAAGUGACGUCAAAGUGGAAGGAGAUAAACGUCUGGACAAGUUGGAGUCCUUCUUGGACAAGCUCCACAAUAAAGGUGUAAGCAAAAGCCAGACAUCCACCAUCGAGGUGACAGCAGAGAUGGAGAAAGAAGUGAUGACGCUGGAUGAUGACGAGACAUUCGGCAACUUCUACAAAUCUGUCUCCCCAACAACUCUCCUGGACUCCAGUGUGGUUUUGACGGAGGAAGAUCUGAGCCAGAUCCAACCUGAUACACCAAAACUCACCUCGGAGGUAGCAGAACACAAGCGAGCCGUGCGACCUGCAAGAAGAAAUCAAGGCUCCAGGAACCCUCUUCGUGCUCUGGCGGCCCGUAAUGACAUCCGGCAGGUCUAUACCGAACAGAGGCUUAAUGUGGCCUCAGUGGAGACCAAAAGGAUUCAAGUGGAGAGAAUGGCAAAACAUUCAAACCUGGCUGACGUGGCCUUGGCGGGCCUAGCCAGCAAGGAGAACUUUCGUAAGGUCAACCUGCGCAGUGUGAAGUCCACAGAUGUUGUGACCAACAACAGUGCGCUGCCUUUCAAUAAGCUCAUGCUCAUUCGCAUCAAAGGUCGGAGGCAUGUCCAGGUGCGUUUGGUGGAGCCCACAGCUCACUCCCUAAACAGUGGCGACUGCUUCCUUCUCAUCACACCAAAACAUUGCUACAUGUGGAGUGGAGAGUUUGCCAACGUCAUAGAGAAAGCUAAGGCAUCAGAGAUGGCAUCAUUUGUUCAGGCCAAGAGGGACCUGGGCUGCAAGGCCCCUCAAGUGACUGUGCUAGAGGAGGGCAUAAACACUGAGAGCAGAUGGGCCAAAGAGUUCUGGAGCCUGCUGGGAGGAAAGACCAAAUAUAGAGGAGCUGGGGAGCCAGAGGAGGAUGAGUUGUAUGAGAGUGGAGUGGUGGACUCCAAUGGUGUGUACAGACUCCAGGGAGACAAACUAGUGCCUCACGAAGAUGCCUGGGCCUCAAUCCCCAGCGUUACUUUGCUCAAUUCUAAAGAGGUGUUAGUGUUUGACUUUGGCGGUGAAGUGUACGUGUGGCAUGGGAAAGAUGUGCCCCUGGGUGACAGAAAAGUGGCGGUGAAACUAGGCAAACAGCUUUACAGCGGCAGCUACGACUACAGCAACUGCAGAGUCAACCCUUUAGAUGCGUCCUGCACAGACAACAACGUGCCUCAGCAGGGGGAGGGCCGUCCCAGCUGGGCACUGUUUGGCCGGCUGUCCGAGCACAACGAGACAGCUCUAUUCAGGGAGAAGUUCCUGGACUGGGCCGAAAGGAAGAAAGAGGAAGCAGCUCAAGCUGAGGAAGUCAAGAGCCCAGACCACUCCAUGCCUCGUUCCCCUCUUGACCUGGAGCUGCAACCAUGUGAUGCCAAAGCCCUGCUGGACAACGAACCGAAGCCAGUGAAGACAGUUCUGGAGGGGGUGGACGUCCAGCGGGGUCACGGUCUGGUGAGAACGGAGGAUGGAAGACAGGCAGCGUUGGACACCGUGUCUGUGGAAGCAUGGCACAUCAGAGAGCACGGAGAGGAGGAGGUUCCUGAGGAAAGCGUGGGCCAGCUGCACGAGGGGGACACCUACAUCAUCCGCUGGAAGUAUUCUAUCACCACACUGGUGGGGAAGCGGCAGAAACCUGGGGAGCUGAGCGCCGGAGGCCCGGGGCGAGAGAGGACCGCCUGCUUUUUCUGGCAGGGCCGUCACUCCAGCAUCAGCGAGAAAGGAACCUCGGCUCUAAUGACAGUGGAGCUCGGCAGCCACCGGGGCUCACAAGUGUUGGUGAGUCAAGGAAAAGAACCCCCAUGCUUCCUGCAGCUCUUCAAGGGAGGUUUGAUCAUCCACAAGGGAAGCAGAGAGAGCAGCACCGACGAUACGGGAGCAUGGCGGCUGUUUUGCGUGCGUGGCGAGGCUGAGGUGGAGGCCUCCCUGGUGGAGGUGGACUGCCAUCGGGCCAGUCUGCGCUCUCGUGCCUGCCUGGUGCUCCUUAAUGCACAGAAGAGCCAUCUCUACCUGUGGCAUGGGUGCAAAGCACACGCAGACUCUAAGCUUGUUGCCAAAAGAGCAGUGGACAAACUAAAUCAGAGGUGUCCCUCUGAGUUAGGACUGAGCUGCAACAGCAGGGUGGAAGUGGAGGAGGUGGAGGAGGGAUCUGAACCCGCAGAGUUUGUCAAAGCUUUAGGCCCACGGGACAAGAAAGCUUAUGACUGCAUGCUGCAAGAUCCAGGGAAGUACAACUACACACCUCGACUCUUCCGACUGAGCGCCAGCUCUGGGACGUUUGAGGGGGAGGAGCAGCUGUAUCCUGCCAGGGUGGCAGAGGGCGUAAUGGCCAUGCCUUUCUUGCAGGAGAACCUCUACUCCACACAACAGCCAGCAUUGUUUAUGCUCGACAACCGCAUGGAGGUGUAUCUGUGGCAGGGCUGGCAACCUGAAGACUCUCAGUGCACCGGGUCUGCCAAAAUGCGCUGGGACAACGAGAGAAAGUGCGCCAUGGAGACUGUGCUGCAGUACUGCAAAGAAAAGAAUCCUCGGCGCCCCCCUCAGGCUUAUCUGGUCCUAGCAGGGUGUGAGCCCCUGACGUUCACCAACAUCUUCCCCUACUGGGAGAAGGACGCCAGUAUUGUUUCAAUGGCUGAGAAUGCCCAGAGCAAAGUGGUGCUGGUGAAGGAGGCGCUGUCCAAGCUCAGUAAGGAGCAGUACACCAUCGAGGAGCUGACCGGGAAGCCUCUGCCCGAGGGAGUGGACCCUCUACGCCUGGAGGACUACCUGUCAGACCAGGACUUUAAGAAACUUCUCGAGAUGAGUCGGGUCGAGUUCAACGCCUUGCCAAACUGGAAACAGAAGAAUCUGAAGAAGAGUAAGGGUUUGUUUUGAAAAUGCAUGAUUUGUACACAGAAAAACUUUUUUAUUAUUAUUAUCCUUCUCUGCCUUUUUUUUCUUACCCCUUUGUAUUUCAUUAAUAAAAAAAACAUUAUUUUGUAAAGUCUUACAUCAAAGCAACUGUAUCAUUUUGUUCAAAUGCUGAUUUAUUUUUAACAGUGCCAUUUUUCGUGUUACUUUCUAACUGAAAUAUUUCAAUUAUGUGCAAUUGUUUAUCUUUUUGGAGAAAUAUUUCUUGUAUGGUUAAACAUAGUUACCAUUGUAUUAUAAAUAUGUAAUAUACAUGUAAUUUGUGUUUUAUGUUUCCUUUGUGAUGUUCUAAUCUCAUGCGAGAAUGUGAUGGUUUAUAACCAAUGAGGCAGUUCCCCUUUAACCCUUAAUGUAAAGAGCCAGCUCAGGGUACAGAGGGGGUAUUGCUCAGUCAAAUGUCACACUUUAAAGGGGAUUUCUGUUGGGGAAAAGUUAGGAACAUGAUCCCAAAAAUAUGUAGUUCUCUGUUGAUUUAAGACCAAGAUUUAGGCACCAGACUCUUCUGUGGGAAUGACUAAAAACAUUUAUCCCU